UCGAGACAGCUGCCAGGACGUCCGCUGUUCAUCAUUUCUGGCUUCCAUCGCUCAAAACCGAUUCACUAGAAACUGGUGCAAUUUUCGUAGCCACGUUUUGCAAGAGAGAGAGAAAAAAAGAGAGCGAGGGAAGGCAUAUUUAAAAUGCAGAAAGGCAAACGAUAGCAUGUCAAGAGCUGUCAGGUGGCCGGUUUAAACAGCACAAUGGCUCAAUUCGGGACGAAAAUCCGGCGGUACUCCGACGGAAUCCGGAAAGCCACGAGAUAUACAAAGCCGGAACGCCAUUACCACUUAAGGAAGCUUUGGCCAAAGUUGCAACAGAAUCUGCGUCGUCGGGUAAAGCGGAUUUGCCCACCUCAAAGUGCUCCCCGUUAUAUCUUUAUAAAUGGACCCACUCGAGGCCGUACGGAGGAGAUGACAGCGUCUAUCGCUCACGGGAUUUGCAAUAUCAUAUACCCCUCCCCCCACCCAGCCCCCCGCGCUCUGUUGACUGCACAAUUUUUUUUCAGAAAAUUGCUAUCAAUUGUCCAUUCGCCUUAUUAAAUUUUCAAAUAUAAACUCGUACCUUUCUUAACAAAAUUACUUCCAAGAUUGUUUCGAAUGUGUAAGUAAUAAGAAAUGCGAAACAAUCGUAAGAAAUGUAUUGUAAAAAUGGGUAAAUUGUGAUUAAUAAAUGAAUGGAAACAUGUCUGGGUAUUUUCAUUCACUCGAUCAAUUCUGGGGAUGAGGAUUUGAGAUCAGAAAUCAUCCCUUCUUAUUCUACACGAUCAUCGAUAAAUUUUGAAAGGGCGUUACGCAAAUUGGGGGCCAGCUUCAAAUCAGGCUUAAUUUUUCUUUCCGAUAUGAUAACCGAAAGAUACGAAAAUCCAAAAGGUGUUAAGUAAUAUGUCUAUUAUAUGUAUUUGUACCGCAUGUAUAACUGCUAAUACAGCAUUCAAGGAGCAUAAUGAUCAUCGUGGUGCCAUCUGUAGAUCGUCAAUGUUCCCUUCCUUCAAAUCGUGGACAGAACCAAGUCUGCACAAAUCUGUUUACUACUGUUUGCUGUGCAAUCUCGUUCACGUCUGGAAUUGAAAUAAUUUGAAGAAAUAUGUUGGAGAAAACUUCUGGCGUGGAUAACAGCCAAUUAUCCAAGGAAGAUUAUUUAAUUAUGCGCGCAAAAGAAGCGUUGCCGAUUGACAUUUAUGCAGCCAAAUCCUGGCUGAUUACUGCCAGAUCUUUGUUUCCUCACAGUGCUAAAGUUCAGUUCGAAGCAUAUCGGAUCGAGAAGCUAUCGAAGAACGUGAAGGAGGCGGCUAAAUGUUUCAGCGAAAUAUUUCAGAAUUUUCCAGAUGACCGUGACAUAUGGAAAGAGAUAGAAACAGUGACAUCAUGCCUUCGCAUGGAGCAAUGCGAUUCGGAGGCAGAGUUCCUCUGCCAAAUGUUCCAACACAUACCCCAAGAGCUUCAGCACAGGCUGCUUGUUAUGACAGCUGAUCAUAGCGAAGACACAAUGGAACAUUGUAAAUUAUUGCUGCUCUUGUUACACAGGUUUCCUCAGACUAUUUCCACUCAUGGGCCUCGUCUGGUAGAAACUCUUCUCACUGCUGAGAAACACAGUCAUCCAGGACGUGCAGUCAAUGGUUUCAGAAAGUUGUUGGCCUGCGAUGCAUUGCCCCUUCUCGGUAAUGCACCUGUGGAGCUGAAUCCUAGACUUAGCUUGAGAUUACUCUGUAAGGCUAUUGACUUUUACUUGGCAUAUAUGCAACAACCGCAAGAUAAUCAGAUUCAACAUCCCUGGGACAGACUGUUCCAAGUUGUUGAACUGAUCGGAAAGAAAUUAGAAUGGGAAUUGAGUAACAUAUUUUCACUACCUUGGAAUCGAGACACGUUCUGCGAAAGAUUACACCAAUAUGCGAUCGCACACUCGGCUAAUCUGUGCGAAGAGGUGGUCGGAAGACAAUUACUGAUGUGUAGCAUAGUCGUACUGUUAAGAAUAUUACACGAACAUAACGCGCUUAUCAAUAAUGAUGAAAUCGUGUACUGCUUGGUAGAAGCGUUUGGAGAAUGCAUACAUUCGCCUACAGAACCGGAAUUAAAGAAACGGAAAAGGGAUGAUAACGCUGGAAUCGUGGUAACGAGCGAUGGUGAUUAUAAUGGCAAUGGUUUGGCACUAGCUGUGAAAUUAUGGGAUCUGCUGCACAGUAGCGAAUAUUUACAAAGAGAAACGGGAAAGAUGAUCCAGCAACUACGAUUAGACUCUUUGUUGAAUUCUUUUUUAACAGAUCUGGCGAUGUAUAAAGGUGUACAUCACGAGGUACUAACAAGAUUGUCCCAAGAACCUGGUAGUUUAUCUGUUCAUCUCCGUUUAGCGAGCACGUGUUUUCUUUUAAAAGAUUACAAGAGCAUGUUGGAGUAUAUAGUUUUAGUAAUUGGCGCGCUAUCUACGGUUCCCGGCAAAGUGUCCCAUAAUUUAAUCGUGCCGUGUACGAGACAUUUACAUUAUUUGACUCUCGCACGUUUCCCCGUUAUACAGUAUUGUUGCAGAUUACUUCUUCUAGCGAUAAAGGAGCAUUUUUCUUUACCCGGUGGAGUUGGAGACUUGGCUAUAGGACACGCGUUAGUACUAAUGCAAAUUGACUGGCCACAAGAAGCUAGUACUUUAUCCGCGAUUACGGAAAGGAUUAUCAAUCGUGGAUCUUUUUCUUAUCCACUGUUUCAAGCCUACGUUAUAUGCGUGGAUAUUUUAGAAGAAUUAACUUAUUUAUGGACGGAGCAUGGAGGUGGCGUAUCUCUAGAUAUUGCCGCAGGGUCGGGAGUGUUACAAAAUCGUCGUAUUGCUACCCGUGGAGCGGAUAAAGGAGUACGCGAAGAAGUAAAACAAGCGAUGCGUCGACAGGCAGCACGAGACGGCAUCGAUCCGUUAGACGAAUUGUUACAAAAAUUUAUUAUCAAUGAAAAAGCCGCCAUACUACACAGUUUAAUUAUCCAAUGAAUUACUCCGAUCGUUUCAUUAACAAAUUUUUAGUACGAUUAUCAUUUGAAAAUAUACACAUGCGAUUUUCUUAA